AUGGCUGAACAAAAGGUAGAUCUUGCAUCGCUCUCAAUCUUCCGCGCGACACGCGCGCAGGUUGAAGAGUCACGGCGCCGGUCGUUUCCGCAAUGGGGUGGUACUCUGAGUCUUACAGAGUACCUUGCGCGAGAUGCGACGAUGGAAUGUGGCGAGCACGCCAAGGAUGGAAAGUUGAUCACUUGGGUGCUGGCGCCACGGAACGACCCCACAACGCUUGAUUUUAUGAGUGCAUGUGAGACAUACAAGCGCACAGGUCUUGUCGCAUACCCCUCUUCCUCCCCGUCUGAACCCAACUCGGUGCACGAAGUAACUUGUUACGGUGUCGCCUGCGUGUUCACUCCGCCCUCAAAGCGCGCGCGCGGCUACGCCAGCCGUAUGAUGAGCCUCCUGCAUUGGGUCAAUGGCUUGCGUGCCAAUCUUCCUAAAUUCCCAGAGGCAUGGGGCGCACCGCCGGAAGAGGUAGCGGAUGCCGGUGAAGGACUGUUCUCGGUGCUGUACAGUGAUGUGGGGGAGGAGUUUUACCGGUCGGCUGGCCCUGGAGGUAAAGGGGGUGGAUGGGAGUUACGGGGAGCGACCUCGACUAUUUGGGAGGUGGGCACCGAGGAAGGUGAUGACGAGGGAUGGAAGUGGUUAACGGAGGAGCAACUGACUGGGCUUUGGGAGCGUGAUGCCGUGCGGAUCAAGAAAGAGCUGACGGACAUACCAACGAGCGACAGCUCAUACAUUGUGGAACGACCAGCGGCAUUCGCAACGUACCUGCCAACGGGUGGUGUCUGCGGGUUCCACAUCACAAAGUCGACGUUCGCCUCGGAUUUUUCCAUAGCAGGCGGAUUCUGGGGUGUAGAGUCCACGAGUGACCCAGACACAUACGCAAGCUGGAGCGUUGACUUGAGACCACCUCCACCAACGCUGAUUGUCACGCGACUCUGUGCCAGUGAAAAGAUGUUCCCUGGGCUGAUUACGAAGAUCAAACAGGCGGCUAGACGAAGCGGAAUUGGGAAAGUGGAAGUGUGGAAUUUGAGAGUAGGAUUAAAAGAGGUUGCGGAGAAAACGGGUGGGCGGACGUUCAUGCGAAAUGAGCAUUUGCCUCAGAUAGUGUGGUAUGGGCCUGAAACAACGGGGAAUGUAGAAUGGGCGUAUAAUGAGAAAUUCUGUUGGUGCUGA